UCAUAGAAAUGUUUACUCUGAACGUCCACUGGUCAGGCUCACUUGGGUUUUAAUCAUUCUUUUUAAACACUUCAACUGCACAUCAGACCUCACUGGGCAGGAACUACAAAGAAGUGUAAAUGUAACUUCAACCUACUGCAGAUGCCUUUUAAACACUUUAAACUGUUGUAACCAUGGCUUCAGUCUGGCUUGUACUGGUUGUCCCGUGGAUACAUAUGAUUGCCUUGAUUAAAGAGGUUGAAGUGUCAUCAUGUGCUAAGGUACACACCCUGGCAUCAGUGCUGCCUUUAGGCUCACCCAUAUCAGCAUCCUGCAGCAUUAAAGAUGGCUGCCCACUCACCAAACGCACAGACAAUUGGCACGUGGAGUGGAAACUCAACAAACACUUCCUCCCUAGUAAUUUUUCUUACCAGGAGAGUAAUGGAACACAUGGUGUACGCAUCCCCAGCUAUACGGACACAAGCGCAGACAUCGCUUGCUGUGUUUGUGUUGAAGACGACUGCCAGGUAGUCGGAGGAGUGAGGGUCAACUUGGGAUAUCCUCCAGCUGUCCCUCAGAAUCUAAGCUGUGCCCUGAAUGUAUCGACAUUAAUCAGAAUGGGGUGCCAAUGGGAUCCUGGUCAGGAAACAGAAAACAUUCUUACAAGAUAUAUUCUUCACAGCAGCAUAAAACGGAGAACCUCAGAAUACAGUUUUCAAUAUGUGCUCCCUCCUCAUGUGCACACUCUGUGGAUUCCACGGAGUGAAAUUAGUUUGUUAUCUGAGAUGGAGUUUUAUGUGACGGCAGUCAGUGCUUUAGGAAACAGCACUUCGGCACGUCUGCUGUUACACCCUCUGAAAUCAGCAAAGUUUAACCCUCCUGAGAUUCAAAGGGUUGAAGCACAUAAAUUUGGGUGUUUAAAGUACAGCUGGUGUUUCAAAAAGCCUCAGCAGUGGCUGAAGAUGACCUUCAGUGUAGAGCUGAGUCUGACAACAGUGGAGAGCCAGCUUGACAAAGAGCUGGUUUUCCAAUUUAACACAUCAACACUGAAUGCAAUCCAGGUGUGUGGACUUCUCCAUGGUACAAAUUACAGAACCAAAAUGCGAGUGAGGUAUUCCAGCGGUCCAUGGAGUGAAUGGAGUGAGUGGAAAGCAAACACCACACGUAUAAAGGCACCGACUGGUCGUCUGCACACAUGGCUUAAAAUACAGGAUAACAAUGAAACCGCACAGCUGUACUGGAAGCCGUCACCACUGUUUCGUGCCAAUGGCUGGAAUAUUUCAUAUAUUGUCGAAUCAAAGAGACCUAUGAAGACAUUGUGUGUUACGCAAGAAAGCUUCUGUUCUUUCUUCCUCAUCAAGACAGUUAGAAAGAUCUACCUGAGAGCAACUAAUGCAGCGGGGAGUUCCAAUCGUACCGAAGUGCCAGUGUAUCGGAAGAAAGGACUGGGCGCUGUGUCUAAUUUCAGUGUGCGUCCGCAUUCUGAGACAUCUCUGCUGAUCACGUGGGAGCGUCCGGUGUCUUCCCUGGUCACGGGGUACGUGCUGGAGUGGAGAUCUCUGAUCGAGAAAGAAGCAGCUAUCCUGUCAUUUGCACUGAUGGACAAAAACAACUUGAGUACUGUAGUAACAGGUAUUAAGCCUUACAAGCCCUAUGAGAUUUCUAUUUAUCCCAAAUAUGUGGGCAGGAUUGGACCCCCUGUAACUGUGACAGCAUACAGCAGUGAGAAAGCACCCUCCAUGGCUCCAGAGUGGAAGAAUUGGAAAUUCCAUCAUUCAAAAGUGAAACUAAGCUGGGAUGAAAUCCCCCUCGAGCAGAGAAAUGGGAUCGUUCGAAGAUAUACUGUUUACUUUUGGGAUGACAGAGGAAAUAUUCAAGUUGAAGAGACAAAUCAGACACAUGUUUGGAUGAAUGUUAAGCCAAAGUCCACAUAUAAAGGCUUUUUAGAGGUCCAUACGAUGGGUGGAAGUUUUAACGGAUCUGUCACUAUCCUGAAAUCUGAAAAUAUUGAUGGCAUUGAAAUGGUGUUCAUUGUAAUUCCUGCAUGCAUUGUCUUAUCAUUUCUCAUGAUCAUUACUGGGUUUACAUGUUUUAGGAAAAAUGAUCGGUUGAAGAUGUGUGUGUGGCCCAUAAUUCCUGAUCCAGCCAACAGCAGUAUUAAGAGAUGGACGACCACUGAAUCAUUGCAGGGCAUGCCCCCCUUUAAAGAGGACAAGGACCCUGUGCUGGUGUAUCUGUCCCACUUUAGUCUUCUGGAUCUCUCUGGCAAAGAGCAGUGCAAGAGUGAUUAUGUUAAGGAGAACCUGUGGUCACAUGACAGCGGCAGCCAUGUUGAGGGUCACGACUCAUUGCAGGCCUUCAGCAGUUACAACUCAGAGCAGGACAGGGACUCUAUCCCUUAUGCCACUGUUGUGUUCGGGGGUCCAUAUCAAAGCCAGCCGGCCCCUCCUCCGGUCUACCUGCGCUCUGAGUCCACACAGCCCCUCUUAGGGGUGGAAGACCCUGGUAGUCCCCCACCCUAUGAGAAUAUGCCACGCAGAGGGAGUGUUUCUGAAGUAAACCACUUCACUACAGUCGCCCAGGAUUUCACUGAAAAUGAGGAGAAUGAAGCAAUUUUGGAAGAUUUUCCGAUGCUCAGAUCCAUGGAGUUUUGGGUUACUGACCACAUCUAAACACAAAGUCAGUAAAUGCCUGUGCUUCUUAUACAAUUAUAAGAUGUAAAGUGUGGAACUUCUUUGGUCGUAUUUUGAAAGGAAUAUGGAAAGAAACAUACAGUACUUAAAAGCUCUGAAUGUCAUUGCAAUAGAUAACAAAAUGUCAAAGUAAGUGGCAUUUAUUUUAGGGAAAGACAGCACAAGCACACUUCUCGUGAAAAAAGAAGUUUGUUGGGUUUGAAAUGAUGAAAUAAUAUUUAUAGUGUUCAAAAUGAAAUCGAAAAGUAUUUUUAAAUUCGGAAAAAGAGAUUAAGUGUAAUUUGUUCUAUAAAUAUAAUGCAAUGGCAUUCAGACAUUUUAAGUGUGGCUAAAGUGUCCAAAUAGUUUCAGGAAAUCCUAAGGACUGAAUUAUGCUUCAAUGUAUGUUUUUUGGCCAUAAAUGGCAUUUUUGAGAGUAUAAUUUGAAUUAUACAAAAAUAAGAAAUAAAAUAAAAAGCAUAUUACAAAAGGAGCGCAAAUGGAAAUUGUAGCAGAAUAUAGGUGUUUUUCGACAUUCAUAAUUACUCACUGAUACUUUAUAAAUGCUACAUGUUUUUGCCGUAUACAUUCACUUUUUGUUUGCAUCCAUGGAGCUUAAAAUCCAGCAUUUUUAUGCACUUGAAUAUUUCAAUAGAAUAGCCAGUGUGGCUAUAUCUGGCAAUGUAGCAACUUUGCCGGAAGGACAAAAUAAAAGUGUGACAAUUUAUCAGUAUAGUCCAGAGCCCCUUAGAGGACAACGAUAGAACUUAAAAAGUUUUGCAUUUCCUCACAAUAGUUUGAAUCCCUCUAAGUAUGCUUUGCUUUCAUUUGCAAUAGUUUGUGUUCCCUCACAUGUUUUGCAUUUCCUUGCAACAGACUGUUUUCCCUAGCAAAAAGUUUUAUUUCCUCACAACAGUUUGCAUCCCUUUAAGUACUUUUUGCUUUUCUUCUCAAUUGUUUGCUUUCCCUCACAAUACGUUUUGCGUUCAUUCACAAUUAUUUUGAGUUCCCUUGCUGUACAUUUAUCAAUCCCUUUCAAAAAUUAACCAUAGUUUUAUUACAGUAACCAAAGUUGAACUAUGGUGUUUGUAGUAAAACCAUAGUAACUACAAAACUGACCAUAGCUUUACUACAGUAACUAUACUUCCACUGUCUUAUUUGUUGUAAAACCAUAGUAACCACAAAAUGUACAAUGGUUUUACUACAGUAACAAGCAAUUUCACCAUGAUAUAUUUACACAUGAUGGUAAAACCGUAGCAGCAAAACAGGAAAACCAAAACUAUGGUAAACUAUUCUUCAUUUUACUAUAGUAAGACCAUGUUUAAUUUUUAAAACCAUGGUUCUAGUGAUAAAUAAAUAAAUAAAUAAAAGGGUUACAGGGUUACUGGUUUUUUUAUUGCAAAAUGAUUCUUUUAAUUACUAUAGUAUUGGCUUUUCGGGACUAUUACAUUGGUUUUACCACAAAUGCCAUGGUAAUGACAUUCUCAAAAUAGCCUCAGUUUUAAACCUUAACAUGUAGCCUUGUGAGCUCUAAAUCAUUUAUAACAUUUUAAAGGAAUGUUACACCAGUAAAUAUGUGAAUUUAAAACAUGGUGUUUUUUCUCCAGUAAUUGUGCUACACAGCUGUAAUAUUGUUGAAGUACUUCUGUUCUGUAUUAACUAUGAGGUGCUAUUUUCUGUCCACUUGCAAUCUGUAAUGGCUGUCUCAAACUUUGUUUUGUUUUCAUAUGGGACUUUUAUUUUGAAGUUCAGUUUCUAUGAUUAGCAAUGUUCAGAAUGGAAUUUUACCACAAAACUUGUGUAAAAUAUGUAUACUGUGUACAGUAUGACAAUGUUCUGUAUGCUUACAAUACCCAGGUGACCAACUUCACUUCCAGUGUGAUAAAUGAACCAGAAAUAUUAUCAUCUGCAGUUUUUUUUUUUUAGGUUAUUUCCCUGGUCCUUUGUCAUGUUUUGUGUGUUCUCACCUGACUGUUUGGUGAGAUGUCUGCUUCACUUCUGAUUUAAGGUCCAUGUCAAAUCAUGAUUAUAUAGUUAGUCAUGUUUUUGGAAUCAAAUUAUGUUUUGUAGUAUCAGUUCAUAUUUUCAUCAGUUUGUUUGUUUGUUUUUUGUACUCUUUCUUAAUAAAAUCUGCAGUGGGAUUCAG